UCCUAACAUUAUAGAAACAACACGCAGUUGGAAAUGACAACGUGGCAUUUCCCAUCUAAGUGAUAUUUCCACUAAUUCUCAGCGCUAAUGCUAAAUAAAAGAUCAUUUAUCUAACAAAUCCUGUGGAAACUCUCCUUACUUAAAGAAGGACUACGGUACGUUACAUAUUAACGGCGCAUUGUUGGUAUAAUCUCAGACAAUAAGGUAUUCUGGCCAUAUUGGUGACCAGCAUCAUAUGCAAACUAAAUCCUACUCUGAGCCGGAGGAUCCAACAGCAUGCCCAGUUGACAUGUCUAUCUCGAGGUUACAUGAACAGUAUGCCAAGAUAGCCUCUUCGUAAGUACUACGUGAUGAGGAAGCAGGUCUAGGAACCAAAGCAUGGGUAUGGAUUAUACAGAUGGAGACUAGUCUACAAUCACUCGGUUUUGGAACUGCCAGUAAUACCAAAAACAUCAAUGCAUUAUUCUUCGCUCUUUGAAUGCUCAAUAUGUCAUAAAAGCGGCGUGUAUCUGCCUUGCCUACCGACAUCUUGUAUCACAAAGUCUAAGUUAAGCAACUAAUCACUUUAACACUAACUUAAUUUGAGAGCGAGACUCAAAUAUGCCUAUGUCGAAACGGCCCUGGGAGAAAUAUGCUCCCUUCAUUGGCCCUAAACUUUCUGAUCGACAGUGGCCAUCAAAGAGAAUCGAGAAAGCACCAAGAUGGCUCACUACAGAUCUUCGUGACGGCAACCAGAGUCUAGCGUGCCCAAUGACCAUUGAGCAAAAGAUGACGUACUUCGAAAUGCUAGUUAAGUUGGGUUACAAGGAGAUAGAAAUCUCCAUUCCCACUGCAAGUUCAACAGAGCACGGUUUCACACGCAAGCUUAUAGAAACGCCUGGGGCUAUUCCAGACGACGUAUGGGUGCAGGUCUUAUGUCCUUGUCGACGGGAUCUUAUAAGCUCCACAGUACAGAGUCUCCGAGGUGCCAAAAAGGCCAUCAUCAGUCUGUAUUUUGCGUCAAGCCCAGUUUGGCUGGCCACAGUAUUCAGAAUGACGGAACAGCAAGUAUGCAAUAAGGUCACCGAGGCUGUAAGCUACGUAAAAUCCAUCACUAAGGAUGACCCAGAGACUCGAGGUACAACUUGGAACCUAAUGUUCAGUCCUGAAGCGUUUUCCACUAGCAGCUUGGAUUUUUGCUUGCAGUUAUGUGAAGCUGUCAAAGCAAUCUGGGAACCAAGUAUCGAAGUUCCCAUGAUUCUCAAUCUUCCUGCCACAGUGGAAUCAUCGACACCCAAUGUCUAUGCUGACCAAGUAGAGAUCUUCUCGAGGUCAAUAUCAGACAGAGAGAAAGUCUGUGUAUCACUUCAUGUCCACAAUGAUAGGGGCUGUGCCGUGGCUGCGGCGGAAUUGGGACUCCUGGCCGGGGCAGAACGCGUCGAGGGUUGCCUGUUUGGAAAUGGAGAGCGGUCUGGAAACGUGGACCUGGUCACAUUAGCGCUCAACCUCUAUACUCAAGGAAUUGACCCAGGUGUCGACUUCUCCGACAUCCCAUCAUUACGAGCGGUGGUAGAAGAGUUAACUCAAAUCCAGGUGCACCCACGAGCUCCCUACACAGGAGAACUGAUUUUUGCCGCAUACAGUGGCGCACACCAGGACGCUAUUCGUAAGGGACUCCUUCAAUAUGAACUUGAUCCAAGCAAGUCUCAGAAUUUGUGGAAAGUGCCUUACUUGCCACUGGACCCCGAGGACCUGGGAUCAAGCCGUUCGGAGAUAAUACGAUUAAACUCUCAGAGUGGCAAGGGCGGUGUUGCCUGGACUCUCGCGUAUGAGUUACAUGUCAAACUUCCUGAUAUGUUACAGUACCAAUUCUCCAAAGUCAUCAAAACUACUUCGGAAGCUGCUGGUGGCACCCUAUCGUCCGCUAAUGUUGCCGAGCUUUUCCUCAAGCACUACAGUAUUUCGCAACAGGAUCCUCGAAUCGUCGUAGCCGAACUCAAGCACAUAGGUAAUUUCGUGUGCCAUGACCAAGUUUUAGUGGAUGAUACCAACUAUCCGUCUAAAUUUACAGAAACGAUGAUCGACAUCAGAAUCCACGCGCUACUAUGUAUCGGCGGCAAACAACAACGGCUUCAGGGUGAAGGCAGAAAUGUAAGCAGUGCCCUUGUCGGAGCUUUGAAAGGUGCCUCCUUGGGAAAAUUCACUUUUCGUAUAAGUGAAUGCGCACUGGAUCCUCCCCAGGGGGGGCUGACUACAUUUAUUGUAGUUGAAUGUCAAUCGGCCGACCAUGAUAGGUCGGGUUGGGGAGUACGUAGCGGAACUCUGGGGACUACGGCUGAGUUAUCUGCUGCCUUAUCUUCUUUGCUUGAUAUUUAUGAGGCUGAGCAAGGCAUUGAUUAGCGGCCAGGAGACGUGUAAUAUUGAGGUCGAUUUCAUCUCAGCGACAUCCAUUUCGUCCAUCCCUGGGAUUCUCGUUCACAAGUACUU